AUGACAAUGACAGUGAGGAAGGCCCGACUCAGGCCCGAGGGUCCCACUGCCAGCCCUGUGCCUCCUGCAGGCAUUUUCCUGCAGGCAAAGGUGGGAGCGCUGAUCGGGAGAUGCUUGUGGGAAGGCGAUGUCCCCGGUGAGACCAUCUCCCAGGGCCUGGGGGCCUCUUCCUGGGCCUCAGAGAAGGUGCUGGGGCCCUGCCUAGGAGGGCUGCUGCCUCUCGCUCGGGCCUGGCAGCUCUGCAGUGACAGCGGGUGGGAAUGGGGUGACAGCCCGCUCCGUCCCCGGCCUUUCCGCAGUCCUCGGUCGCAUCACCUCCUUCCAGCUCGAGGCUGGGAGUGA